AUGGCUGGAAGAAACGAUGCUGCGAUUGCUGCUGCUUUGGAGGCUAUGGCUCAAGCUCUGGUACAUCAACCUAAUGCUGGUGAGAAUGCUGGGUCUCGCAGUUUGGCUACUUUCCAGAGGGAGAACCCGCCGGUCUUCAAAGGCAAGCACGACCCUGAUGGAGCCCUAGAGUGGUUGAAAGAGAUCGAGAGGAUCUUUCGUGUAAUGGAUUGUACUCAGGCUCAAAAAGUUUGCUAUGGGACGCAUAUGCUAGCAGUCGAAGCUGACAACUGGUGGCUAGCAACACGUCCUAGACUAGAAGCUGCAGGUGAAGAGAUCACUUGGGACGUAUUCCGAAGAGAAUUCCUGAGGAAGUAUUAUCCUGAGAGCGUCCGUGGCAAGAAGGAAAUCGAGUUCCACGAACUGAAACAAGGGAACAUGUCAGUGACUGACUAUGCUGCAAAGUUCACUGAAUUGGCCAAAUUUUAUCCAUACUAUGAUGGAGAGGGUGCAGAGUUUUCAAAAUGCGUUAAGUUUGAAAAUGGCUGCAAAAUCUUUGAGGAAGAUAAUGCUGCUCACUAUAAGAUUGUCAGUGAUAGAAGAGGUAAGCAGAGUCAGCAACGUGGCAAGCCUUAUGACACUCCAGCUGGCAAGGGCAAACAGAGAGCUGCUCCGGGCCAGAGAACAAGUGGGGGAGGUGCUCCCGCCCCGAUUGUGUGUUUUAAAUGUGGCAAGGCUGGUCACAAGAGUACUUACUGCACUGAUGACGUUAGGAAGUGUUUCCGUUGUGGCAAGACUGGUCAUAUGAUGUCUGAAUGUAGACAUAAAGAAGUGGUUUGUUUUAAUUGCGGUGAAGAAGGACACAUUGGAAGUCAAUGUCAGAAACCAAAGAAGGCACAAGCUGGUGGUAAGGUGUUCGCAUUGGCUGGUACUCAGACAACCACUGAGGACAGACUCAUUAGAGGUACUUGCUUCAUCAAUAGUAUGCCUUUAAUUACUAUUAUCGAUACUGGUGCUACUCAUUGUUUUAUUGCUGCUGAAUGUGUUGAAAAUUUGGGUCUUGUGCUAUCUUCGAUGAAUGGCGAGAUGGUGGUUGAGGUUCCAGCUAAAGGAUCUGUGACUACAUCUCUUGUUUGUUUGAAGUGUCCGUUGUCGAUCUUCGACAGGGACUUUGCUGUUGAUUUAGUAUGUUUACCGUUAGCCGGGCUGGACGUAAUUUUGGGAAUGAACUGGUUAGAAUAUAACUAUGCUCAUAUCAAUUGUUAUAACAAGACUGUGAGAUUUUCAACUGCCGAAGAAGAAGGGGCUGGUUUAGUGUCAUCUAAGCAGGUACGACAAUUGCUGAAGGAAGAGGUAGAGAUGUUCUCGUUGAUGGCAACAUUGUCAAUCGAGAAUCAGAACAUCAUCGGUGAGCUACCGGUAGUAUGUGAAUUCCCUGAAGUUUUUCCCGAUGAGAUUCCCGAUGUGCCGCCAGAAAGAGGAAUUGAGUUUACGAUUGAUCUUGUACCUGGUACCAGACCUGUUUCUAUGGCACCGUACAGGAUGUCCGCAUCUGAGUUGACAGAAUUAAAGAAGCAAUUAGAAGACUUACUGGAGAAGAAGUUUGUCAGACCAAGUGUAUCGCCGUGGGGAGCCCCAGUGCUGUUAGUGAAGAAAAAGGACGGAAGCAUGAGACUUUGCGUAGAUUAUAGACAGCUGAAUAAAGUAACCAUUAAGAAUAAAUACCCGCUACCGAGAAUAGAUGAUUUGAUGGACCAAUUGGUGGGUGCGAGUGUUUUUAGCAAGAUCGAUCUGAGGUCGGGUUACCAUCAGAUUAAGGUUAAAGAUGAAGAUGUACAGAAGACAGCAUUCAGAACAAGAUAUGGACAUUAUGAAUAUUUAGUGAUGCCAUUUGGUGUUACGAACGCGCCAGGAGUAUUUAUGGAAUAUAUGAACCGUAUCUUCCAUGAAUAUUUAGAUCAGUUCGUCGUGGUGUUCAUAGACGACAUCUUGAUAUAUUCUAAAUCAGAGCCAGAGCAUUCAGAUCAUUUGAGGACGACGGAUGGUCAAACUGAAAGGACUAUUCAGUCUCUAGAGGAUUUGUUGAGAGCAUGUGUUCUCGAACAAGGAGGCUCGUGGAGCACUUAUCUUCCAUUGAUCGAGUUUACUUAUAAUAACAGCCAUCAUUCUAGUAUCGGGAUGGCACCUUUUGAAGCGUUGUAUGGUCGGAGGUGUAGAACUCCGCUAUGUUGGCACGAAUCUGGCGAAGGUGUAGUACUUGGACCGGAAAUUGUACGAGAAACCACAGAGAAGUCAAAGAAGUUGACUCCACGAUUUAUCGGUCCUUAUCAGAUUUCAGAGAGAGUUAGUACUGUCGCUUAUAGGGUGGCGUUACCGCCUAACCUGUCGAAUCUGCACGAUGUGUUUCAUGUGUCACAGCUUCGGAAGUAUGUUCCAGAUCCGUCUCACGUGAUUCAUAUGGAUGAUGUGCAAGUGAGAGAGAACCUUACAGUAGAGACGAUGCCAAUUCGGAUCACAGAUCGUGAGAUAAAGUCCCUUAGAGGUAAAGAUAUCCCGUUGGUGAAAGUAGUAUGGACUGUAACACCCUUCUAA